AUGCGAUCUUAGUUGAACCUCAGCAGUCUGAUUACACGCCUCGAUAUGAUAUUAAGUGCUGGCUUUUCACAAUGUCGUCUCUUCAUUUUGGCAACCGUUUUGGUAGCACUCGCAGUGCUCGCGUUUAUUGGCGGCACAACAUUGGCUAGCGUAAGCAACGCUAAUUCUGCUACGACAGCGUCACGUGCAGGUUGCGCCACCUCGGAAAUGGGAAGUGCUGAAGGGCUCAUUAGUAGCCUGUUUGCUACGAUAAAUUCAGCCAAGUGUGAACUGACCCGAGCUGAUCAAUGGCCGGCGGACUUUGCGGAUCAAGUGCUCAAAAACGGUUUAGACGAGUAUGACUUCAUUAUUGUAGGGGCAGGUACAGCGGGCUCAGUGGUUGCUAGUCGGCUUACCGAAAAUCCGCGCAUUAAAGUGCUGCUGCUCGAAGCAGGUGCUGAUCCGCCGAUAGAGUCGGAGAUCUUCACAUUGAGCUCCAGGCUACAUGGCAGCAUAUAUGCAUGGACUGACUAUGCUGAACCCAACCCCAAUUGCUGUCAGGGCAUGCGGAGGGGUCGCUGCUAUUGGCCGCGAGGCAAGAUGAUUGGCGGCUCUGGUUCGAUGAGUGGAAAUAUUUUCUUGCUCGGCAAUCAACAAGAUUUUGAUCGUUGGCAGCAGUUAGGAUGCGAGGAAUGGUCGUGGGAUGAGAUGCAGUUUUUCUACGAAAAGGCAUCAAUGAAUGAGUCGUCUGCACAGCCAGUAGGCGAGUUAGUAUUGAACUAUUUUGAAUCUCUAAAAGAGCACAAUGAGCUUGCUCAGCUCAUAUUCAACGCCAGUCGCGAGCUGGGACUACCGUAUAUAUCGGAUUUGGCAAAGGGUACACGUGUUGGUUACACGAAGGCUAUACCAGCGAACAUUGCACGCGGCAGACGCAUGAGCGUAGCAAAAACUUAUUUGGGACAAGUAGCGAAUUAUCGCCAAAACCUUAAUGUUAUUAAGAACGCCUUGGUUACAAAGAUACUCUUCUCAGCAGACAAAAGCCAAGCUAUUGGCGUUGAAUUCUUGCUGAGUGGUCGCCAUCGCUUGAGCGCGCUUGUGCGCAGUGAGGUACUUAUAGCAGCUGGCGCCAUUAACUCACCUCAGCUAUUACUACUGUCCGGCAUUGGACCACGUGAGCACCUAACCGAAUUGGGUAUACCUCCGCUUGCAGAUUUGCCGGUUGGCUAUAACCUGCAAGAUCAUGGCAUGUUGCCUUUGUUAUUAAGUUUUGAACGUGAAAUUGAAACUUCACCUGGCCUCAGCGAUCCACAAAGCAUUUCUGAUUACUUUUUGCACCAAACAGGUCCACUUGCUGCUGGCGUCAGCAUUAUGGGUUUCAUCAACACUAAUGCUAGCAACAGUAGCUCAUAUCCAGACCUACAUUUGGUCUCGCACACAAUCAUACCUCCAGGUGAAGCCUAUAGCCUUCAAUUCCUGCAGCUGCGCGAUGAAAUUGUCGCUGGUAUUAUGCGUGAAGCUAGCAAUCGUAGCCUUUUGCAAAUUUACGGUUCAUUACUGCGUCCGCAAUCGCGCGGCAGGGUGCUUCUGCGCUCAGCCGAUCCUCAAGCACCUCCACGCAUAUACAACAACUAUGCCAGCGAGCGCGCUGAUCAGCUAACAUUAUUGAGUUAUGUACGCUUUGUGCAGCGUAUGUGUGCCACUACGGCAUUUAGACACUUUGGCUUGAAGUUGCUACAUGUGCCUAUUGAGGAAUGCGAUCUACUCGCAUACGACUCGGAUGCCUAUUGGCUAUGUUAUGUGAAAUUUUUGUAUAUUGGCGCUUGGCAUCCGGUGGGUACGUGUCGGAUGGGCGCCGACGCGAACCGUCAUACUGUAGUAGAUCAACGGCUUCGCGUGGGAGGUGUGAACGGGUUGCGCGUGGUGGAUGCAAGUAUAAUGCCAGCAAUAACGAGUGGUAACACCAAUGGCCCAACAACGAUUAUCGCCGAAAAGGCAGCAACUAUGAUCGAAGAGGAUUGGAAUCAAGAGCUAGCGUGAUUGUGGGUGGUGAUGAGAUUCUAAGAAUUUAGUUAGGAUACGAAUAAAAGUAUUAACAAGUAAUUUUUAAGCAAACAACAAACCCGACUUCAAUUAUGAUAUAAACAUAUAUCAUAUAUCA